UUGAUGGUCUUUAAUAAUAUCUCAUCGGUGGUUUAGCUUAGUUUAUGCAUUUUACGCCAGAUCACGUGGACGUUUGUGGCGUUUGUGCUUUCCGUUUACCGGUCAUUAUUGUCCUCCGCGUGCUUCCGCGGUCCUCCGUUUUGAGACCCGCGUGGCAGUGCGUGAUUGUGAAUAAUUUUCGUUAGAAAUAUACAAUAUACAAUAAAAUCGAGAAACUUGGAUUGCAUAUAACCGAAGUCGUUGACUAUUUAAAAGAAAAGUGCGAUAGAAAGAACGGUCAAGGUACUAUCCUUUAGAGGACAGACUUUGCUCUGAGGAAUCUUAUGAAAUCUAGAAGAAAGGCGAAAGAAAAAGUAAAGUGCAAUACGGUGCUUUGGAAGUAACACGUAAUCGUAAAGAAGAAUAAAAACAAAACAGAUAAAGCUCGAUUGGCGAUUAUACGAUGGAUGAAGUAUCACCAAAGGCAUAUCCACUGGCAGAUGCAUCGCUGACCAUAAAGAUAUUGAAUUUGGUGCAGCAGGCAUUGAGCUAUGGUCAACUGAAGAAGGGAGCAAACGAGGCUACAAAGUCGUUGAAUCGUGGCCUGUCUGAGUUUAUAGUGAUGGCUGCGGAUACUCAGCCACUGGAGAUUCUGCUCCACUUACCACUAUUGUGCGAAGACAAGAAUGUACCCUAUGUUUUCGUACGGAGCAAGCAGGCUUUAGGACGAGCUUGUGGUGUUUCGAGACCAGUGGUAGCCUGUUCAGUAUUGGUCAAUGAAGGCUCGCAAUUAAAACCACAGAUCAAAGCCAUACAACAAGAGAUUGAGAGGCUUUUAAUCUAAAUGAUAUCUAUCUAUUUGUUAUUUUUAAUACCUCAUUAUUAGUACACAUAAUGUAAAUCUUUAUUGCUACUCAAAUUGGUGUGUUUAGUGAAUAGUUUGAAUGAGCAAUUAUUGCUAUUGUAUAUGUAUAUUCUUUUAGAUUAUGAAUCUAAAGGUUUACUCCAAUCAUAGGCAAUAAUUAUUGAACGCUCACUCAAUUGAUGUAUUCGCCGAUGCAUCCAAUAUUUGACAUGCACGAAACAGUUUUACUGUGCUGUAUUUAUAAAAAAAAUCUCUAUAUUCAAUCUCUUUUACGUAUGGAAUUUGUUUGUAUACAAGAUAAAUUUAAAGCAUUAAUAAAAAGUCCAAA